AUGAGCAAUGGCGGCGCCAAUCGCCCUGCAUGCGCUGCUUGCAGGCAACAAAGGAGAAAGUGCAAUGAACAAUGUAUUUUUGCUCCUUAUUUCCCACCCACCAGUGCUCGAGAGUUUGAAGCGGUUCACAAGGUUUUUGGUGUCAGCAACAUAACCAAGGUGCUUACAAACCUUGAUGAACAAGGCAGAAGAGAAGCCAUCAACUCUUUUCAAUGGGAAGCGAUGAUGUGGCAGAAAGACCCUGUUCAUGGGCCUUUUGGUGCCUUCAAACAAGUUUGGAACCAUCUCCAACAACAGCAACAAAUGAUUCAGACUCUUGAGUCCAAAUUGAUGGGCCUGGCCCAGGCCCAAUAUUCACCACCAUUCAGCAAUGGCACCAGCAAUCUCAAUUGGGCUCCUCAGAUUGCUAACAAUGUUGGGCAAGCUCCCAUGUUAUCUUACCAAGAAAAAAAUAUAAUUCCAUAUCCUUAUGUUCAUGCCUCUAAUGCUUUGCAUCCUACACCAGACUUGCUUCAAAGUUGUUCAAUAAUGCAGCCCAGUCAUUUGCCAAGCCAGACAAGGGUUGAUAGGCCAGAUACAGAACUGUCUUCAGGAAUGGAUCAACCAAGCCAAGGUAGAGAUUUUCAAUUUUGUGAUGAUAAAAGGUCAGUGGACAAAUGGGGAUGCAGAGAGGGUAGGUAA